AUGAAGGAAAACAGCUCCAGCGUCUCGGGUUCACCUCAAGAAUACGAAAAUGCUUCAGGUCUCGAAGAGUUGGAUAAGAGCCAACCUGAAUCUGCAACUUCCAGACUUUUACGAAGCGUCUCACAGUAUACAGCAUACUCUGUUGCCUCUGGCCAGGCUGCUAGAGAUACGCAAGAGGAGGAAGAACAUCAUGAAGGAGUUGCUGAUCCUCCUCCGGCUCCAAAGUUUGGAUUUUGGGCCUCGGAGAACAGUGACCUGAGGAAGACUGCAUUCAAACAAUGGGGCUUUACUAUUCUUUUGUUAUCGGCCUAUGUAUUGGCGGUUUUCUCUAUCUACUGGGGUUCUAUGUAUAAUAGAUACGACAGGUUGAUAAACUUGAAAGUGCUUGUUGUGGUAGAAGACGAUGAGAGCGGUGUCAUUAGCAGUUCGUUGCUUAGAGCCAUCAACUCUUCAUCGGUCAAUAGAUUAGCCGGGUGGACUGUCAAGAAGUAUAUGCCACCUGAAGAGGUUGUGAAGUUGGUUCAUACCGAAAAGUACUGGGGUUCUAUCUAUGUCUCCAGCAACAAUGCCUCCACCGAGCUUGUUUCAGCUUUGCAAAAUAACAGCACCCUCAACGACACUGGCUUAGUUGUCUCUUACUACGAGACCGCCAGGGACAUGAUUGCAGUGGCUAGUUACGUCAAGCCUGCAUUGUUGGAAGCGGGAGGUAUCUACGGAAACAUCAUGCAAACACAGAUUUAUCCUCAACUUGUUGCCAAUCUAUCCUCUGAUCAGUUUGGAGCACUUCAAAUGAACCCUCUUCUCACCAACACUCCAAACUUCGAAUACGUGGAUGGCAAUCCUGUGAUAAGCUCGAUGAUGCUUGCUCCGCUUCAGGUCGGUCUAAUCUAUAUCAUCAUCUUGUCAUUUUUCCAGAUCCUUUGGUUUAUUAAAUUGAACGGUGAAUUGGCUCAGAGAGUCAAGCCAGUUAGCUACAUUAUUACACGUCUGUUGAUGAGUCAGGCAAACUUUUUAAUCUUGUCACUUGCGUACACUUGUCUUAAUAAGGCGUUCCAAAUAGAUCUGAACAGAGCUUGGAAAGGAGGGUUCGGUGUUAUGUGGAUGGUUUCAUAUCUUCUCAUGGCAGCAGUUGGUGGUGCCAACGAGAAUGUAAGUAUGGUUACAGCUGCCACUCUACCGCCUGCAACUGGUUUCUGGAUUUUGUUCUUUGUUAUCAUCAACAUUUCGGCAACUUUUGCUCCCAUCGAGUUGUGUCCUCAGGUUUUUAGAUUCACCUAUGCUAUGCCAAUCAAAAAUGGUUACGAGAUAAUGAAGGUUGUUCUUAUGGACACCUACAGAGGCAAUCUUGGUCGGAACUUUGGCGUUUUGGUUGCAUGGCUCGUUCUUAACUCAAUAUUGCAGCCGUUCUGUAUGCUGUUUUUCGCAUACAUGACUAAGCGGAGAUUAGAGAAGCAGGGAUUGGCAAAUAUCGCUGCUGAUAAAAAGGCUGAAGCUGAGAGAGAGCUUAAAGUAAAUGAGAAAUGA